AUGGGUGCAAAUGUAGAUCCAUUGGUCGUCGGUCGAGUCAUUGGUGACGUGGUCGACUUGUUCGUGCCGAGCGUGUCGAUGUCCGUUUACUAUGCCUCGAAGCACGUCAACAAUGGUUGUGACAUUAAGCCGUCCGUGGCGGCCGAGCAGCCUAGAGUCACCGUUGCCGGAAGUUCCGACGAGCUCUACACUUUGGUGAUGACAGAUCCUGAUGCUCCUAGUCCAAGUGAGCCAAGCUUGAGAGAGUGGGUUCAUUGGAUUGUUACAGACAUUCCAGGCUGCUCCAAUGUAACUCGAGGCAAGGAGAUUUUGGCCUAUGUGGGGCCAAAACCGACGGUCGGGAUACACCGGUACAUAUUAGUGUUAUUCCGGCAGCACACGAGGCUCGGCAUCGGAAUAUUGGAGGCCCCACAAAGCCGCUCGAAUUUCAACACACGGGCCUUCGCACAGCGCUUUAACCUAGGGAUGCCCGUUUGCACCGUUUAUUUCAAUGCUCAUCGUGAACCCUUGGCCAACCGAAAGCGAUACAAUUGA